AUGACAUGCGCGUCGCUUCACACACCUCCGCCUCUGCAGCGAUUUCUAGUUCUUCUCCUAGCACUUCUUCAUACAGUAUGCCCAGUAAAACAAGUGACAGUACCCGGACAAAUUGUCCUUGGAGGACUAUUUCCAAUUCAUGAAGCCGGUCGAAAUGCAUCACAUCAGUGUGGAAAAAUCAAGGCAGAUCAGGGAGUGCAGAGAAUGGUGGCAAUGUUAUUUGCAUUGGAAAAAGUCAAUCGAGAUAGGCAGCUGUUGCCACAAGCCAGUUUAGGAGCACAGAUAUUGGAUACGUGCUCCGUAGACAGCUAUGCCCUGGAACAGACACUGGAAUUCAUCAAAUCUGUAAUGUCGAAUGGAGAUGGUGUGACAUGUGCAGAUGGAUCAACUGGAUCAUAUACACGACAACCAGUGGUUGCAGUUGUUGGAGCAGCUGGAAGUCAAGUCAGUGUUAUGGUUGCUUCCAUGUUGCAGUUGUUCAAGGUGAGAAUAGUUUUUUACUACCUUGUUGGUUUGCAAAUCCCCCAAGUGAGCUACAGUUCAACAGGAGCUGAACUCUCCGAGAAGCCACGUUUUGCAUUUUUCUCUCGAGUGGUUCCUCCGGAUAAUCUGCAAGCACAAGUGAUGGCUCGAGUGAUCGGUGCACUAGAAUGGACUUAUGUGCACGCUAUUGCUGAUACGGGAUCGUAUGGAGAACGAGGAAUGGAUUCGUUUCGAGCGGCUGCCGCUGAAAAUGGAAUAUGUAUUGAUGGAGAUGUUCAGAAGAUUUCGAGGAGGUGGACCGAGAAGAAUUUCAGGUACGUGUGUGGAAAUUCGAAUAAAACACAAUUAUUUUUCUUAAAGAGAAGAAAAUAUACUAAAGUCAAAUUAUUUCCCUCAAGUGAACAUGAUAAAACAGAAAACAAUUUUAGGUUCGUCGCUUCUGAUUCCUGGGGAAUCAAACAGUCCGUUGUUCGAGGUCUAGAACAUCGAACCUACGGAGCUAUCACAAUUGCCCCAAUGGUUAGAGAAGAGACAGGAUAUCUCGAAUAUUUUCGAUCUCUCUCACCGAAAGGAUUUGUGUUUCUGGAAGAGUUUUUCGAGUAUUUGGGAUGUUCGGCCACCGAGGAUAUCAAAACUUUUGGGGAUUGUUUUGACAUGGUCAAUGUUACGUUGAAGCAGGUAGAAAUAUCAAGGAAUACUAGGGUACUUUUAAGAACUAGCCGGAGCUACAAAAAUCCCAUUUUUCUUUUUGAAUCCUAUGUUCCAUUCGUAGUGGACACUGUCAAAAUCAUCGCGAAAGCCAUCUCUAUGUACAUUCAAGACGAUUGUGGAAAGACUCCAUUCCACAAAUGCUCUCUUGCUCAAUCUGGAUUCCGUGGAGAACGCUUACAGAAGUAUUACAGGAAUAUGUCAUUGAAUAAGAACGAGCCAGCUCUUAUUGAUGCCAAUGGUGACGGUAUUGGAAGAUACGACGUUUUCCAAUUGGAUAUGAAUGGAGUGUAUCAGAAAGUUGGAAAAUGGAGAUCAACCGAUGAUUUCUUAUCCGUGGAGGUGGAGAAAAUUAGGCACGCAUUUAAAACAGCUCCCGGAGAGAAGCCAAUGAGUUUGUGCUCCACAGAUUGUCCGAGGGGGCAUUAUAGAGCGUAUCAGGAUCAGACAUGUUGUUGGGCAUGUAUUCCAUGUGAUACUUCAACCAGUAUUCAUAAUGAAACUAGUAUUUCAUUCCAGCUGCGAGGAAUGUGCCAUCGGUAUGGUUCCGGAUCGAACUCUCCAUUUCUGUGUGCCAAUUCCACCUGUUUCCAUGCAAUGGGACACCACUUGGUCACUAAUCCCAGCCGCAUUCUCCACUCUUGGCAUCGCUUCAACAAUUUUCGUGGUCUCCGUUUUCUUGAAAUUCUCAAAUACACCUGUGGUAAGCUUUUACGUCUCCAGAUUUAUCUAUCCUAUGAUUUCCAGAUUAUGGCAUCGGGAAGAGAAUUGUGUUACUGUAUGAUGUCUGGAAUUGGAAUGUGUUAUGUAUUGACUUUCUUCUUGGUAUCCCAACCGACGGUUAUCACUUGCUCAUUGACUAGGAUAUUAAUGGGUCUUUCAAUGUCAGCUAUCUAUGCAGCAAUCAUUACAAAGACAAAUCGAUUAGCAAGAGUUUUUAAGCCGGAUUCUGCCCAAAGACCGAGGUUCAUUACUCCGAAAGCGCAGGUCGGUAUUUGCAUGGCAAUCGUCUCUGUCCAACUCAUCGGAACUUUCGUUUGGCUGUUCUUCGAUCCACCAGGCACAAUGGUCGUUUUUCCAUCUAGAACAGAAGCAGUUCUCACUUGCAAAGCCACAACAUCGCAUCUUUUGAUUUCUCUUCUCUACAAUAUCCUUCUCAUUGUUGCCUGUACUGUUUAUGCAUUCAAGACACGGAAGAUCCCAGAAAACUUUAACGAAACUAGGCAUAUCGGGUUUACGAUGUACUCAACGUGUAUUUUAUGGCUCGCCUUUGGGCCCAUCUAUUUUGCGACACAGAGCGAUUUUAGGAUACAAAUCACAUCUCUCUGCAUGUGCAUUUCUCUGUCUGGAACUGUUGCACUCAUCUGCUUUUUUGCUCCAAAAGUUUACAUUGUUCUAUUCCAACCAUACAAAAAUGUCCGAACUCGCCAAUCAGCCGUCGGGCGACUUGUCAACCAACAAAUGAGGUUUAUGAGCCAAUUGACCUACAACCCCGAUGGAUGCAACUCAUAUCAGCCGAUGUCCUCCAAUCAAUCCUAUAAACCCAGUACCGAGGAGAGUUCUCACACGAGCAACGCUCCGGGACAACCGCAAACUCGAGCGAUCCCUCCGCAUGUAAUUGAACAAUUGGCCGCAAGUUUGCCGAUUAGUGAUAAAAAUGAUUUAGUGAAAAAGCUAUCCCUCCAAGACAAAUUGCUCAACAACAACAAUAACAACGAGAGCAGUGAAGAGAUUCGUCGUCGUCGUCCAUCGAGUGUUCAUACAGUCGGAGCAGCAGUUGCCAAUGGUUCUUCAAUUGCUCAUAUUCCACCAAGAAGUCACACAGACGAGCCGAAAAGUUCAAUGAUAAGGCAGGACACCACAAAAAGUCGAGCGAGUAUUGCAGAAUCCCAUCAGGUCGAUCUGAUUCUGGAGGAAAUCGCCGCUGACACACACUCGACGUUUCUAUGA